CCCUACUCCGCUUCGUCCCAUUCCCCAAGAAAUUAGCAAGCCUAUUUAACGCGUACUUCAUUGAUCCGCCAAUAGUCGGCCGCAGACAUCGGCAGCCAUUUCAUAAUCUUGCCCUUGUGCCUACCCGUGGCCAAGCCUCACUGAUAGUGUACUUCAUACUCAUUAAUGUGGUAUUAUUAUGCAUCGACUAUCCACCGAUUUCGAACGACGAUGGAAAUGACGAACUAUUGCGAUGUGUUGCCAAUCGCAUGGGCGUAUUGGCCUUUGCCAACUUUGCGCUCCUUGUGCUGUAUGCGGGCCGGAAUAAUAUACUCUUGUCUAUUACUGACUGGUCUUACUCAACAUUCCUCCUUCUUCACCGCUGGGUCGCGAUAAUCUGCACUCUCGAAGCAUGCAUACAUGCCUCUAUAUAUUUAAAGGCAUACAUCGCCUUUGGCGAGUUUACAGAUGAGAGCAAGAAGACUUAUUGGAUAUGGGGAACCGUGGCGGUUUCACUAAUGUCCGUUUUACUUCCCACAAGCUCGCUUCCCUUACGGCAGAAGUUCUACAACCUCUUUCUCACUUCCCAUUUCGCGUUUGCUUUCGUCGCUCUGAUCGGCUGUUACUUCCACGUCUAUCACCGAUACAUGAAUCAGUGGGGGUAUGAGACGUGGGUGUAUAUCGCCUUCGCUUUCUGGGCUUUUGAUAGAUUUAUGCGCUUUGUUCGACUCGCGCGAAAUGGAGUAAGAAAAGCUAAAAUCAGCAUUAUAGACGAAGACCACAUCCGCGUCGAUAUUCCAAAUAUUACCGGACAGGGCCAUGCAUACCUGUAUUUCCCUACUCUCACUUGGCUCGUAUGGGAGAACCAUCCGUUCUCCAUCCUAGGAACUAUGAUGGUUGACAAGAUACAAAAAGCACCUAGCGUGGCGACGCCUAGUGAAGACACUAGUAUGCCUUUAAGUGAUAUAGAGAAGGCGCCCGCUCACACGUCCACCGCUGCCGCGGUCGAUUCAAGCGGUUCAACCUCUCCACAAGCCAUGAGUCAAUCGUUCAAGCCAGGCUUAAUGUUCUUUAUUAGUACUGCCGGAAAAGGUCUGACUGCCGCUCUUCGUAAAGAAAAGACAUUGCCCGUUCUGGUCGAGGCCUCUUACGCCGCUACGUCGCUUGACGAACUCCGCAUGGUACCAAAUUGCAUCCUCAUUGCCGGAGGUGUAGGAAUCACGGCCGUGGUCCCAGUGCUCCGUUUCCGUACCGGCCGUGUGCGUCUUUUUUGGGGUGUGAGAAAUAAGUCGCUAGCUGAGGCGGUAGAAACUUCCUUAGGCCCAGGUAUCCUAGUACCAAAUAUAAUAGGGGAGAUUGCGGUCGGAAGGCGAUUAGAUCUACGAGCAAUUCUGGAGCGCGAGGUAGUCGGGGAUAGCGAGACAGCAGUCGUCGUCUGUGGGCCAAACAGCAUGGCGGAUGAAGUACGAUCUAUUGUCUCUGAGCUUGGGAGAAAAGGCAGAGUGGUGAAAUUAAUUGAUGAGGCGUUUAGUUGGUGAAUGAAAACAAGGUACC